AUGGAUUGGAAGGGGGAAGUGCCUGUGACCGACGACAAAACGGAAAUCCAAGAGAACCUAAGGCUGAGGGGAGUGGAGUGGGAGAAUGCCGACUAUCCUCCAUUUCCGAUGGAGACCAAGACGAAGGACAGUCGGGCUGGGGGGGUGCUGGAGUCCUUGUCCGUCUACCUCACGGGAUCUCUUCUCCACCUGAGUCUCCUUCGGAAGAUAUUGGGGAAUGAAUCCGGGAGCAUCCAUUCCCUUCUUCAAUCGGCAUCGGACCACCUCUGCAGACCGAUCGUCCUCAUCGCGGAAAAUCUUUCCUCCUCCAGU